AUGGACCACGACGAGGAGAGGUUUCAAUUUUGUUCGCUUGAAUCAGAGGGCGUGCAGGCGAUUCAGCCCAGCAUUGAGGUUGUGCGGCAGUGGCACAGUGAAGGCAAUGGAAAGGGGCGUAAAAGGAAGAAGAAUACACAGCCCCAACUUGGCGUGGACGACGAUGAAGGCGAGGACUACUUCGCGUUUCAAGCCAAACCAUCCAAGACUACUAAAUCUAGCUUCAAGGAUUUGAGCGACAAGGUCCUCAUCAAGGCCUUCAUCGAGGGCGUUCCGGAACAAGCCAGGAACACAGAGUAUGCCGAGCAUCGCGCCCUCCUCCAUAAGGAGCUCAAGAAAUCGUUUCCCAAAUGGAUGCACCAGAUUCAGUCGGGCUUCAAUCUCCUCUUUUACGGCUUCGGCUCGAAGCUCAAACUACUCGACGAGUUCGGCAAGUCAAUGCUCUCUGCAUAUCCGCUAGUCACGGUCGAGGGCUACUCCCCAACCACCACUGUUCGCAACCUGUUGACGAUGAUUACUCAAAGCGUGCUCGGCGUCGUGCAACCGAUGCCCGCCGAACCCAUGGACCACUGCCGAGUGCUCCAAACCAUGUUCCAUAGUCAGGCCGCGGCAAGGGCUGCGCGGGCUGCCAUCCCCGAGGACUUGUUCAUCAUUGUACAUAACAUCGACGGCCUCGCGCUCCGAAGUCCAGCCGCUCAAUCGGUCCUAGCCCGCCUCGCCUCCAUACCACAGAUUCACAUGUUGGCGUCUAUCGAUCAUGCCUACGCCCCACUACUGUGGAACCACAUCAUGGUCGGCCACUUCAAUUUUGCAUGGCAGGACGCCACGACUUUCGAGCCCUACGAGCACGAAAGCGAAGCCAACCUCGCCCUCUACAAAUCCUUUGGCAAGAAUGAAGUGCAGUCGGGUCACAAGAGCGUGCGAUCCGUACUCAACUCCGUGCCGGCCAAUGCCAAACGCAUCUUCAAGCUCCUGGCCAACACACAGCUCCAAAAGAUCAAGGAAAUGAAGGAACUCGGCGGUCGAGGUGCGGCACGAAGGAAAGCCAUCGCGCUGGCCGAGUUUUCAACGAUGUGCGAGCAGAACCUGCUCGCAGGCGGGCGCGACGCGCUCAACACGCACCUUCGAGAGUUCUUUGACCACAAGAUCGUCAAGAAGGUGGGCCAGUCCGGCGAGGAGAUGCUCUACGUCGACAUGUCCGAGAAGGAGCUCGUCAGCGUACUCCAGGAGGACCUCGCCAAAGUCGACUAG